GAAACGACUAUCCGAAUACGACGAGCCUUGUUGUACAAUUCUCUGGUACAGAUCUCGCCGUACAUUCCUGUGUGACUGCUGCAUCUCUCGUUUUUUUUUUUUUUUUUUUUAUCUUCAACUUCACAUUUCGUCGCAAACGAUUACUUGUGAAGCCGCUCAAUCAGAGGGAUACUUAAUCUCGCCCGACCGACACUUCGUGGAAACCGAGGAACGAACGAAAACAAAAAGAGAGAGAGACUUCUUUCUCUCUCCCUUACUUCGUUCCUCCUCUCAUACGGGAGCUUCUUCUCGUUUCUCAAUUUUUUUUUUCUUUUGGUAGCGAAAGUCCGGCGUGAGAAGUGUCAAUUGCAUUCGCGGUGAAAGAGAGAGAGAGGAGGAAAAAAGUAGAUAAUACCUACCUGCAGAAGAAGACCGCAGACUCUACUUUGCAAGUAGAUUCUCUGGGGAAGUACACGUUUCUCGGACAAGUUUGAUUCACCUGCGACAAGAUGGGCAUUACGAAGUCUUUCGUGUUUCUUCUAUUGAUGAUCCUCGCCGUUGACGCAUCGUCUCAUCAUCAUCAUCAUCAUCGUCGUCGCCACGGUUAUUAUCCGGAACACAGACAGGAGGAGAACGGCCACGUUGAUUUUGUCGAACGUGAGAUCGAUGUCGGAAGUGACAACGUCGCGGACGAUGUAAAAACGGAAUCGCUGGAAAAAAAUGAAAAACAUUCGGAAACCUCAAAUAAUGUUGAAACGCGCACCUACAACGCGCGGAGAGCUGAGAGGAUGUUGGAAAAAGCGAUCUUAAAGAUAAUAAUGGGUGAUCUCGGCACGGCCGAGAUGUUGCUGCUGAAGAGUUUGAAUUACACUCCCGAGUACGUGCACGCGAUUCGCCAGCAAAAAUUCGACAAACGAAAGGACGAUGAAUUGAGAAGAAGAACCGAGUCUUCUUCUGGAAAAAGAUUCUACAAUGAAAAUUUGUACGGAAAAGCGAACGAUUGGGAUUACAUGGAAGUUAAAUCGACGUCCCGACGCAACGAUCCCGACGUUGAUGAUGUCUCGUCGAACGAGAAUAGAAAAAAUCAAUACAACAAGAAAGAUUUCGAUUACGACGCUUACAAUCGUCAGGCGGUAAUCGAUUACGAGGAUCGAGCGUCAAAAUUCGAUUCUCAACAUUCGUGGCCCGAGACGACGAAUUUUGAUUACGACGACGAGUCGCGAAAUUCUGGAGAACGGGAUGACUCGACGGAAUCUCAUGUGAUCUUCAAAAUUCCAUACGACGAUUCUGAAUUCGACUCCAGCUCCGAGGAGAGACCGUCGAAAGUUGAACCGAAACAUCGCGCUCCCUCGACCUUGAGACACACGACUGCCAAGAACGUUGCUAACUCCUUUCACGCUUCGUCAUUGUCUUCUUCUUCUUCUUCUUCUUCUUCUUCUUCUUCGUCUGCUUCUUCUCCAGCUACCGGGGACUCUCUACUUCCCGUAGUUUACCAGCUGGGCAAACGCUCCAGGUCCAAUUAUGCCAGAAAAGGACGUUCCUUCAGCACGACUCCAGAAUCCGAGACGCCAGAACCCGUUGACACGGCUAACGCGAUGUCCAGCACGACGGAAAACACGGUCGGCGAGAAGAAGAUCGGCGAGUUCGAGGGGUUGGAAUGGAUUGAGGAUGAUGUUUACAGGGUGAUACCGGAGUUCGAAGAUACAUUGCGGAUGUACGCCGAUGAGAACGAGACGUCGGAUUACGAGGGGCGGAAUUCGGAUGGCAAUGAAACCGACACGCUGGGAUAUCAGAACGACGAUCCGGAUCCGAUGAAAUCUUUCGACGCGUCCAAUCAGAACGCAUCGCAGACCAAUCUAUCCGCCUAUCAGCAAUUGAUGAUGGCCCAUCAUCGAGAAGAAAACGUAACCUCAAGCUUCGACAGUCAGGGUCAGAAAGCGAUCGAGGAUAUUAAAACGAGAAUCCUCGUGAUAACGGGGCGACUUAAUCACAGCACCAACACCAACCAGGUUCAACGUGAGAGACUCACCAUGUUUUUGCCCACAUGUCAGAUACCCCGAAACACAGAUCCCGAAGCGUGGGCGGAUCAGUUUUCGAUGAAUAUGCAUUUCCAAUUGAAUCUAACUUCCGUUGAUCAUAUUGCCGCCGCGAAAUUGCGUAUCUACAAACUGCCGCAGGACAAUAUCACAUCAUCCGCGGACGAGGACGAGGUUGACGAGAAGAAAAUCAGAAUAUCGGUUUACUAUUACACGAAAGCGUUGAAGAAACAUCGACCAAAGAAACGGCUUAUGGACUCCGUCGUGACGCCGCUCACGGCCCAGGGCACUCAUUUCGCGCUGGACGUCAGGCAAGGUUUGAGAUUCUGGCAACUGAACUCGCAGGAUGCGCAAGGCAACAGCAACAAUCACGGCCUGGUGAUUCAGAUAGAGGAUCAGGACGGCCGACCAUUGAAACCGGCCGAUUAUGUACAGCAACCUUCUUGCGAGAACCGCGACUUGGAUCAGAAGGCAUUGCCUGCACUUUUCGUCCGAGCCUGCACUACUUACAUUCGCAUCGUAAACAACGAAGAAGUCACGUACAUGAAUUGCAGGCACUAGAAGUGGCAAAACGAGAUCAGAACCACGAAGCGAUGCAGAUUGUUUCGGAAUUUAUGUAAAACAAAACCGACUUAAACUACAUUGUGAUCGUGAUCGUUUUGUGACACUUUGUCAAUCAACAGACGAAGACACGCGUGCGAGUUCAAUAUAUAUAUAUAUAUAAAUUUAAAAUUGUUUAGAGAAGUGACUAAGCAAAAAUAUUAUUUAGAAAUAAGUCCUAGAUAAUAAUUUUUACACAUUAAGAAGUUUCAUAUCUUACUGAGAAAAAAAAGUAAAGACCUUUUAGAAUUUUGCAUGAUACCGAACGGAUAAAUUUUAGAAUUUGGCUUAAAACAGACAGGAGCAGCUUUUAAUUGCUGUGCAAAACAGAUAUGAUUCUAACGAGUUCUCUCAAUAGACUGGUAGUGCUAUUAACUUAAGGAGGAAUUAUUUAAAUAUAAUAAAAUAAAGUAAGCUCCCCCAUAUAUAAUUAUUGUACAUUAAAGUAAAAACCCAUCUUCUCUUUAAAUAUCGCAUCAUAGUGUACAUAUGACUAGUGUAAAAUAACAUAUCGCUGACUUAUAUCAUUCGCCCACACAUCAACAUGCUCAUGACUGAUAUAGCCAAAUGUAAAAGAGUUUCGGGGAUCAUAUAUAGAUAUUUAUGUGCUAAGUAUAGUUAGAUUAUACAAAUAUAUAUAUAUAUACAUAAGAGACACCCGGAAUUUUCCGAAUCCGUUAUUUGAUCGGACAAAUUCGUAUAAAAUGCGUUGUUCUCUGCAAAAACUAUUGCAGAAAUAAUAUUGGAUGUCCAAAAUCAACGGAUUUUUGGAAAUUUCAUCCGAUUUCUUACGAUACUUACAACGUACGUGACGAAAGAGACAUAUAAGUGUUGAUGUCUCUCCUGCGGUGUACAUAUAAUGUAUAUUUCUAUGUCAUGUGUUGCAAACAAAUAAAUUUACUCUUGAAA